AUGGCACCUACGCAGAAGCUGCGCGAAUCUUCAAUGGAGCGCUCUUCCGAAUAUCAUGAUUUUAUUAACAAGCUUGCAGCAUACCAUGAAAGAAGAGGAACCUACUUUGAUCCAGAGCCAAAGGUUGGGACUAAGCAUAUGGACCUUCAUCGACUCUACAAAACUGUCAUUGAGAGAGGGGGAUACGAUGUCGUUAGCGAUGAAAAGUUAGCUUGGCGGAGAAUGGGACAAGAGUUCAACUUAGGAACCGGAAAUCUUCCAGCAAUCGCAUUUCAAUUAAAGGGUGUCUACUACAAGUUCCUUGCAGCUUAUGAGAUAUCAAACCACUGGGGAGAGGAGCCACCUCCAAAAGAAAUACUAGAGGACCUCACGGCUAGAGGUGGGAGUUUGCGAACUCGAACAAUUGCGAAUUUUGUCCCCCCUACCAAAAAAGACGGCGCCAUAAAUGAAUUUUCUGAAGCUUCUGGUGACGAUGGAACACCAGCUAGAGAGCGAAAUGUAAGCGAGGAUACUCCCGGCUCAGUGGGAAGAGCUACAAGAGGCUUGCGCCUACAACCGCCUCAAAGAAUAAUUUUCCAGCCUGAUACAGGUCCUUCUCGACAGGCUAGAGCCAUCUCAACAACUUCGCAUCCUCCCCCACAAACCCAAAAUUUCAAUCAGCAAACUCAGCAUCAACAGGCUUUACCAGUACCAAGAGGAGCCUCUACAUCCUACAAUCCUACAAAUAACACAGAGACUUCUCUUGCGAUCACAAACUAUGAACCGCGACCCCAAAUACCACUUACCUUGCGCCCUGUCGUUACUCCAGGUAACAACACUGUCGAAUUUUUCAAGAGAAAACUUUCAUCCAUGGAGCAGGGAAACUCGACAAACAAGUCACAAGGCUCGAAUAGAGAAAUUGUUGUCCCAGGAAAAGGGUUUGACGGCCCGAAUAUUUAUGUCCGAUGUUUAUGCGCAUUGAGAUCGGGCACGCCUUCAGAGCAGGACUACGCAUUGCAUCACCUAGUGAAAAUCUCAAUGGAGCGUGGUGAUAAAUAUCGUUUCGAAGGAUUCCCAGGUCUGGCAGAGGGCCUUAUCGAAAAAUUACUCGAAGUCAGCUCCCUCUUCUAUAAAGUCACAUGGCAGAUACAUUACAUGUGUGACAAUGAUACAAGUGAAAACAGCCUGAACGGUUUAGAUGGUACACCAGAUAUUCUACAUAGGAUCGCGCAGCUGGUAAAAAUUCCGGUCGAUGACACCAUCCAGACAUCGGAAUUCAGUGACGCAAUGCUUCAGAUUAAUGAAGCUGCCCUCACGCUACGAAAUAUGAUAAUGCUUGAAGAAAACGCGCUAUAUGUGUCUAAACUUCCCCUGAUGCGAGACGCCAUGAGUAUUGUGCUUAAUCUUCCCAAGCUCGACAGUGUAGUAGAGUUGAAGCAUUACGCACUAGAUAUUGCUGAACAAAUAACAAAGUACCUUCAAUUAGAUGAUGAUGAUCCACUUUAUUUAUCGCUUCUAAACCAACUACGCUUGGAGGACCGAGGAGCUAUUUUAGUCGCUCUGAGAGCUAUCAGCAGAAUUUCGAUGAACCUUGAAGAAAAUAAUCUUCUUCGAGGAGUUUCGAUCGAUAUCAUCGAACGAGUUUUGGACUGGAUCUUACUAUGCGACGAAGAUCUUAUCGCUACGUGUCUUGACUUUCUGUAUCAGUACACUGCUGUGGUCGACAAUGUAGACCCUCUUCUCUCCGGUGGUCAUGCUGGACCACUGAUUAAUCAGCUAAUUCGUCUUCUUCUUUACGAUGCCAAGGUUGUGGAAUGUGAAAUAUCUGACAGCCAAGACCACCGGUUACCCGCACCAUCAACUAUUGCUCUUCUCCCUCGGGAACUUUUCACUGAACUUGUAAGAAUGGACGAGCCAGAACGCAGCUCCCUAUGGCUUCGUUGCCUAUUUGAGGAAGAUAGCAUGGAAUCGAUCACACAAAUUGCGCUUUGGCAAGCAUAUCAAAGCUCCUUUGCGAACUCGGUAGUCGAGAAUGGAAUUCCAUUGCUCCCCGCCGCCGAGUUUAUCAAAAAUGUUAGCACAACCUUUGCCGACAAAGCCGCAGCGCAAGUUCAGCCAGGAGCCGUGCAAAAGUUUAUUAUCAAAGGUAUUCGAUACCGAAGCAUACCAAUCGACAGAAAUGGCGAUGAAUUUCGAAAAUGCCUCUGGAAUAGUUCAUGUGACGAUUCUACGUCUUGUGGGCAAUUUUUUAUGAGUCCUCAGUCCAUGUAUCAGCAUAUUUUAUCGAACCAUUUAAGCGCUCGACAGAACGAAGACGGUCGAUUUCUCGAUCCGGGCGAUCAAAUUUAUAAUUGCUGCUGGGAUCAAUGUCAGAGAUUCAAAGAUAAGCCAGCUCCUAGGCUAUCACAGAUAGCCACUCACAUCAAGGUACACCUUCCACCGCCUGCUUCUGUGACCCCAAAUAGCACCAGCUCACAUGGACCGCCGCCAAGUAAGAAACAGAAAUUAUCUUAUAUGGUUCAGUCAGAAAAACCAUCCUUAAAAUACCACGUAACCGCCGUAGACGAAAGGCAGCAGGCGGCUGGGGUUCCUCUUACAGCUGUACUUGUCCUGCGAAACCUUGCUCGAAAUAUUCCAAAGACAGAGAGUAACGGGAGUGCCAUAAAGAGCGGUGAUGUUCCAUGGAUUGGGCGGCUUUUUAAGCCAGUCGAACCUAAACUCUUUGAAAUUACAGCUCACAACAAGAGCUUGACCUUGUAUAUGACUGAUUUAAUAAAUAGCAUCAAAGAGACCUAA